AUGAUUCGUUUUUGGAUGCACCAUGAGAAACGGGUUGCCAGCCAUGAAACGACUCGCACCUAUCUGCCGUUGCAAAACUGCGAACGAGCCACCGGCAAGUUGUUUGCCUCAUUGUUUGCGCUGUUGGUGGGAUCGAAUCAGAGACAGCAGGUAUCACCGUCCACAACAAGAACACAAGACGAGACAAUGAACAUCCCUACCUCCCAGUUCGAACAGAGCAGCCCCUUCCUUACCCUCUACGAACCAUUUCCACGAAAGAAAGUCGACUCCUCCCGUCGUCACCAUCAUAAUUCUCGCAAGGCGUCUUCCAAACAGCAGCAGCAACAACAACCUCCUUUUCCAUGGUUCCAUCGCAGCCACGCCCAACUCAUGAUGGUUUACCCUACUGCCAGUGCUGCUGCCCAAUUGUCGUCAGACAAGAACGAAGAGGGUGUCCCCAAGUUUGUCCACUUGUUCCCUCAGGACUCCAUCCUCGAAGAUGACUUUUCAGCUCUCCAAGAUGACCCCCGAGAUGAUGCCUUGGACCAACCGUUUGACGAGCUAGACUUUUUCCUAAAGAGUCGACGUAAGAUUGCUCUUUUUGACGAUGAUCGGGACGACACUAAUACGAACGAUGAGAAUGAUGCCGCACGCGCCGUGGCUGCCACCAAGCGAACCGCCAUGGGGCACAAAAAGGGAAGCAGCAAAGCACGAGGUCCCUCCUUUCGUGCUCCACCUCCGCUCAACAAGCUGGAAUCGCAGGAAUCUUCAGCUGUUUCUUCAGACGUGAUUGCUCAUCGCUACAUGGGACGGGUCCUCUAUGAGAUUUGA